UCCAUCCAUUUCUGACCGUUCUCCCAAAAAUCUGCAGCAUCGUUUGGCACGAUCUUGAAGCUUCCGGUGGAAAACAGUCGCUGCGUACCGUUAACCGGUGAUCUAUUCCGGGGUACAUCGCGUCAUCGAUUCGAGUCGAUCUCGUAGACAAGCGUAAACUCGCGACUCGCGUCGAAAGGCGGUUCGUUCUAUUACGGAUUACAAUGGUCGGGUCGCGUGACGUAAAGCUAACCGUUUUCUUACCGGCGACACGUUUCCAUUCGAAACGGUGCGCUCUCUGGACUUUAAUCUCUCGGAAUAUUUCUCGGAUUUUCUCCGACACGCGUCGUCUCGAUUCUUCCCAAGACUGAUUGACCGAUCGAUCGAUCGAUUUGUUUGUCGAUCGUUCGAUCGAUCGAGAAAUUAGGCAAACGGGUACUUGGGUGGGUAGACGGGUAGAAGGUAGAGAGGCACGCGGGAAGACGGAGAGGGAGAGAGAAGAAGGAGCUCGCGAGAACAAAUUUGAGAUAGAGAAUGGAGUGAAAUUUAGCACGCGAAAUAAAUCAGCAGAUAAGCGGCAAAGUGACGCGAGCACACGCAAAUAUGCGUAGUUGAAUGACUCUGCUUAUUCGACAAGAGAGUCCGUGACAAUUGUGAGGGGAUUUUCAGACGAUUUUCAGACGAUUUUCAGACGAUUUUCAGAGCAAACUGAACACGCAGGCUCACCAGUUGAAACGGCAAGUUUAAUAUUCCUUUUGAUCUAAUGUUCGUUAUUCCGUGUUUUUCGUGUUCCCAUUUGUUCACGCGAGAGCGUAUCGAAAAUGUGGUGCGGCUGGGGUUCCGAAUGGUUCGAGUGCCACUAAAGGUAAUUAACAAAAGCAACGAAAUGUCGGCGCAAGAGAAACGAAAUAAAUACGCGUUUCGGUAAAGAUUUCGGAACGGCAACAAAGUCGGAAUGGCUUGAAUACUGAUCUUGGAAUGGUUCGUUAUUCCCUGGAAGGGGAAUGCGUCGCAGCGUUAAAUCGUUAAAUACAAUAAUAUUCGAUAACAUCGAAGGAGUUUCGUUAGCGUGCCAACGAAUCCUAUACAAGAGUAAAAAUCAGAGAUCAUCUAUUGUUGCGUAAAUAUACGCGGAAACGAGGAAUUCUGCUCGCACAGUUUCCUACUCGACAAGCAUAUUGGAAGAACAUUGACAUACAUAUUCUCAAUCUUAGAAGCAACAACGAUCGGUUCUUUCAUUCUGUUCGUUUUCUCGUACGAACGAAAUAACGGAUCAGCAUUUUUACUCGCGAUGGAUGCGCCAACCAGUGUCUUCGUAUCGUAUUCGCCUUCCAUGAACAUUUCGACGAGCCUCUCGCACGGCUACACCGGAAUUUCCAUCGCAAACGGUUCGAUACUUGCUCACGGUUCUAUAUUGGCAGCCGUUGCGCAACGAUCUCGUCAAUUUUUCGAAUUUCUCGACGCACUGACCCCUGGAGAGAUAACGUUGCUCGAAAGCCACGAGAGACUUCUCGACGAUCCAACGUUUCUGAUACAUCGUAACUGCGACUCGCCGAUAGAUUUCGGAAAACCUUUAGCUAUUUGGAAAUGUUCACUGCUGAACGAUACUAUGGAGAAUUUCUUAAAAAAUUGGACUUUUCAUAACGACGAAAGGUAUGGUCGUCUCCUAUUCCCCGUAUUCCUGCUAAUCGCAUGCAAAUCCUCCGAGCCGACUGAAACGGCAGCCGACGAUGAUCAGAGAGAAUUGAAAUCAAAGGUAACCAUAGAUAUCAAAGUCGGGAAGAAAGUGAACGAUAUUUUACUGGAACUAGCAAAGCAGUCUAUAAACGAUCGACCUGCCAAAGGAUCCGCGAUCGAAAUGUUCUCGACGCCCUUCGGCAAUCCUUUCUUCGCCGACACAAUCACUCGUGGAAUAAUCGGUAAUUUGUUGGGAACGAACAACUGCUUGAUGCUGAUAGACGCCACUGUUUUGCCUGGAUGCGAGGGUGGACCUGUAUACUUGAUCGGUGAACGAGCUCGUAAAACUCUGUGUGGCAUGGCAAUCGCAUCUUUCUGUCGGUGCCGCGGAGAACGGGUAGACUACACGCUCGCGGUGAAUUUGCUACCGUCGCUGAACGAGAUCCUUCAAACUCGGGUCACGCGAAACAAAUCUUUCUGCUUGACCCCUAUCGUUCUCCCUUUCACUCGGCCAACUGCUAAUCGCAACGAAACAAUUGUGAAUGAAUCGUCCUCUCCUUUUCACCGGUUAGGCACACUAGAGCAAAGCGUCGCGAUUGUAAGCUGCGGACUGAAUUGGGGUACUGGCAUCUUACUGGACCAAGAAACAGGAACUUUUAUCACCUGCGCUCACGUUGUCGCGAGGGCACCGGAAUGCAAGAUCGAGCUCGCGUCGUACGUUGCGUCGCGAAAUGCUAGACCCGCAUGGACAGCUCCAGCGAAACUAAUCUACAAAACUCCGGAUAAUAGACCUUACGAUGUUGCUGUACUGAGGGCAGAUUUCAACUGUAAACAGACCUCGAUGAAACCGAUCAAACUAGCGGAUAGCCCUGCCGUAAACGGGGAACCGGUACUUUCGAUAGGAUUUCCAUUUUGUUCGACCGGCAGGGCCACCAUCAGCAACGGAAUAAUAUCGAAAACUUCCAAGUACAUGCUUCAAACGAAUUGUUGCGCCCAAAGCGGAGUCAGCGGAGGGCCUAUCGUUCGACCAUUCAGCCUCGAAAUGUUGGGAAUGAUCGUUUGUAAUACCGUCUCCACGAACGAUUCGACAUUGUAUACUCGAUUGUGCAUGGCCAUACCCAGCAGUACUCUGAAGGGGCCGUUGAACGAUUAUUUACGAACCGCUGAUCCUAACACGCUGAAAAAUCUAACGCGAUACGACCACGAUAUCGAAGCCAACUGGAAUCUCCGCCGUCCGUUCAUUCGAUCGAAUAUAUGAUUAUCGCAUCACUGUACAACUACACUUCCAUUAUAUACUAGAAAUCAGGUGUAGAUACAUAAAUAGCUAUUUUUUACAAACACAAUAUCUUUUAUUUUAUACGUUAAAAUUUGAA